GAGAGAUCAUCUUCACUUUGAAUGUCAAAGGGAUGAUAAAAAAGGCAAUUGUUAUUAAAUAUUUAAGCUCUAAAGAUAAAUAAUGAACCAGAAAGUGGUGGUGGUGGUGUUCUUGGACAUGGUGGCUGCCCAGAAAACUUGAGAGAGAGAGAGAGAGGCGACAUAGAAGAGGACAGAAGAAGAUAGAUGCAGACAGAGAGAAAGAGACAGAGACAAGUGUAGAUAUAUACAUAUAUAUAUAUAGAGAGAGGUUCGGUUCACUUGUUCUGGAGAAACCAGAAGACAUGCAGAAAUCAGCUUUGUUGUUCUUCCUUGCUCCAACGAAUACCUAAGAAGAGAAGAUCGAUCUUCCCAUUCAACCCCACAAUGACUGAAUCACUGAUCUUGAAAGUGGAUUCAAUGCCCAAGCAUCUACAAAACACAAAGCAGAUGAGUUUUCAGGACCAUGAUUCAUCUUCAACUCAAUCCACUGGUCAGUCUUAUACCGAAGUUGCAAGUAGGGGAGACAGUAAACUCUCCAGACAAAUCUCGUUUUCAACACAAUCAGGAUAUGGAGAAGCUCGAGAUAAGGCAUUUGUAGAUAAUGUUAGAUCGGCCUCGCCAACGGGAUUCCCCGAUAUUCACUUCGCUCCGUCUCAGGCUCAUUUUUCUCUCCAUUGUGCUGAACCGCAGUUCGGUGGCUAUUUAACUGCCACUUAUGCGCCACAGGCAACAGUAACGAUGUGCAGUCCCCAAAUGGUGGGUUUCGUCCCCUCUCGAGUUCCGCUGCCCGUAAACCUCAUGGAAAAUGAGCCGGUCUUUGUCAAUGCGAAGCAGUACCAUGCCAUUCUAAGGAGGCGGCAGCAACGUGCCAAGCAGGAGGCACAGAACAAACUAAUCAAAUCCCGCAAGGUAACAUUCGCUAUCAUCUGUGAACUCGUGCUGAUCUUGUGCGGGUAUGAAUCUCGGCACAUUCAUGCUCUGAAAAGGCCUAGGGGAUCUGGUGGAAGAUUCCUAAACACGAAAAAGCUUAAAGAAUCCGAGCAUGGCGGUGCAGAGCAACAGAUGGAGGGGAACAAGAACAUGUCUCGGUCUCGGUUCGAGAUUCAUCACCACCUGGAAAACAGCAAAGAACAUCACGGUUCGACCACUUCUUGCUCCGACAUCACGAGCGCAUCAGACAGUGCUGAUAUCUUUGGAAACCCGGAAUUCCAGUUGCCGGAUUACCCGUCCGAGAUAACCCUAACCCGAGCCACGAAUUUCCGAGAUCGAUCUGGUGAAAUGCAUGGAGGUGGCGGUGGGAAUGUGCAUCAUUUCUCUGUACGCAUCUGAAGAAGAGAUUGGAGAUAUGGUGCUUGUUGAAGUUCCCCCCCACAGGGAAGUCAUCCUUGGCUGCUUUAGUUUUGUGUCUCUCUUUUAAGUGUUUUUUCUUCUUCUUCUGCAGUUUGUUGUUCAGACAGACAAUCUCUUGAACCAAACCGAACAAACUCACUUCUCAGCUUUGUUUUUGUCGUUCUGUGCCACAAUGAAUCAUCUGUUUGUGUGAUUUCAUAAUGGGAAUGCUAUUAAAUCAA